UACUUGCGUGUGCAUAUAUAAAUACAUUGCUCCCUGAGAUCCAUUUUUAUUAUCAGAUCAAAGUGAUCGACCGACCUCAUCAUCAGCUAAUAAUUUACAAGCUAGCUUGCUUGCAACGUGCAUCGUCGUCGUCGUCGUCGUCGUCGUGAUGUCGUACGGGUGCCAGGUCAGCGACGACGAGCCGAACGGAUCGAAGGCGGUGAGCCUCCUCCUCCGGCUGUCGACGCUGGCGCUGGCGCUCACCUCGGCGGUGGUCAUGGCGACGGCGAGCGAGUGCACCGUCGUCCAGCUCAACGGCGUCGUCGCCACCAUCACCUACAAGGACUUCCCGCCGUUCGUCUACCUCGUCGGCUUCAACAUCGCCGCCGCCAUGCUGGAGGCGGCGGCGAUCUACCUGCGGCUGAGCACCGGCGGCGGCGACGACGACGACGAGGGGUUCAAGGGCAAGCUCCCCGGGAUCCUCCUCGUGGUGAUCGACGUCGCCGUGCAGGCGCUCGUCUACACGGCCACCGGCGGCGCGUUCGCCGCCGUGUCGGCGUACGGCCCGCAGAUCAACGCCUGCGGCGCCGGCGCCGGCCGCUUCUGCGGCCAGGUGCACCAGUCGAAGCUCCUCUCGUUCGCCGGCAGCGCCGCCGUCGGCCUCGCCGUCGUCUUCAGGGACGUCUCGCUGCCGUUCUCCCUGUGGCCCACCUCGUCAGACUGAUGACGUCAGAGUUGCACAAGCCGUCAGUAAAUCAGUAGAAUGAAGUACUAGUGUACUAGUACUCGUCUGUCUAAUAAUAUAAGACAUUUUAGGUGAACUUGACAUAUAGACAUCGUCCGUCUAGAUUUUUUGUAUUAUGAUGUGUCAUAUUUAACUAAAAUGUUUUAUAUUAUGAAAUGGAGGGAGUAUAAUGUAAUUUUUCUUAAUUUUCUGGGAUGUAAUCCAUGCAUUUAAUUUCUGGGAGUAGAUUAUUAGAGAUGUCAAUCUCAAAGAGUCCUACACGAUUUUGGUACAUGUUAAUGUCAGACAAGUUGUUCUUUGGCAAAUAAUGUCAUGAUUGUAAAUGUAGUUUUAAUCA